ACGGUCACACCCGCCUGCACAAUUCCUCACAUCUGUGGAAUUCGUAAAUUUCGAAAGUCCGGAAAAACCGGACGGAAACUUCAACCUUGCUCUGGACCAGUUGCACCACCUUUUGAAUCGCAAAAAUGUCUAUUAAUCUCCGCACCGUUUACGCGUUCGCUAGGGAAAUGUACCCGAAAACCUCUAAGGAGACCAUUCAAUAUGGAACAGCUGGCUUUCGCGGCAAAGCCGAAUUUCUGGACAGCGUAAUGUUCCGGAUGGGAGUUUUGGCCACCUUACGUUCCAGGUAUCGUGGCGGAUCCGUUAUCGGCGUGAUGAUCACGGCAUCUCACAAUCCGGAACCGGAUAACGGAGUCAAACUAGUCGAUCCCAAGGGAGAGAUGCUGGAGGCCAGCUGGGAGGCGAUAGCCACCGAUCUGGUCAAUGUCAGCGACCAAGAAUUGGAGCAACAGGUGGCUAAGAUCAUCAAGGACAACAACAUCGAUGUGACAACAAGUUCCCAAGUGUUUGUGGGCAUGGACAACAGAUAUCACAGUCCAAGAUUACUUAAAGCGGUGGCCGAUGGCGUGAUAGCACUGAAGGGAAACGUCAAGGAAUAUGGAAUUGUUACCACACCUAUGCUGCAUUACUUUGUGGUGGCGGCGAAUACGAAGGAGGCCUAUGGCAAGCCCACUGAGGAGGGUUACUACGAAAAACUUAUCAAAGCUUUUGAACUGCUGCGAAAUGGACGAUUAGAGAACGGAAACUAUCGAAACAACAUAAUUUACGAUGGUGCUAAUGGAGUGGGUGCCCGCAAAAUGCUGCAGUUCAUCAAGCGUAUGAAGGAUUCCCUGAAAGUGACAGUCAUAAAUCAAGGCAUUGGCGCCGGCAAGAUCAAUGAGGACUGCGGUGCUGACUACGUAAAGGUCCAGCAAAGGCCGCCCAAAUCCAUGCCCGAGGUAGAGCCCUUCACGAGAUGUGUCAGCGUAGAUGGAGAUGCCGAUCGGGUUGUGUAUUUUUUCAGCGACGACAAAGGAGAGUUUCACCUUUUGGAUGGCGAUCGCAUAGCCACUUUGGUGGCCGGCUACCUUAUGGAACUGGUAACGAAGGCCGAAAUUAGUUUGAAGUUAGGUCUAGUGCAGACUGCAUAUGCCAAUGGAGCCUCCACAGACUAUAUAGUCGACGAACUAAAGUUUCCCGUUUCCUGCGUUCCUACGGGCGUUAAGCAUCUGCACCACAAAGCCCUGGAGUACGAUAUUGGUGUUUACUUCGAAGCGAAUGGUCAUGGAACGAUUGUGUUCAGCGAAAAUGCUAAAGCCACAAUUGCUCAAGCUGCCGAAACUAAAGAUAGUGCUAAGACUUUGUUGCUCCUGAUUGAUCUGAUCAACGAAACCGUGGGUGAUGCCAUCUCGGAUAUGCUACUGGUGGAAACUAUUCUGAACCACAAGGGCUGGGACGUCCAAGACUGGAUCGCGUCGUAUAAUGACCUGCCCAAUCGACAACUGAAGGUUAAGGUGCAGGAUCGAAAUGUCAUCGAGACCACGGAUGCGGAAAGAGUGUGUGUAAAGCCAGAAGGUCUGCAAACGGAAAUAAACAAGGUGGUUGCCAACUACAAAAGGGGUCGUUCUUUUGUCCGUCCCUCCGGAACCGAAGAUGUGGUGCGGGUUUAUGCGGAAGCAGGCACAAAAGAGGAUACGGAUAAUCUUGCCUACGAAGUGGGACUUCUGGUGCAGAAACUGGCCGGAGGAGUUGGCCCGGAAUUGGCGAAACCCAAUAGUGCCCACCUUUAAACGAACCAACCUCAAAGGAAUCGAUAAUUGACACACACAGGUCCUAGCUGGAGCAAUAAAUCUCUGUACUUUAAGGUGCUCAGUAACUUAAAAGUCUUAACUCUCAAACGCAUUUAUACUGUAACUGUUCACUGUCUUGUAUGUUCUAAAGAUGAGAUGUUUUUUACCACUUUAUAUAAAGUUCUAUUUAUUUUGACGUUACGGGAGUUAUUAAGCUGAUUAAGUAGCUCGUUAAGCAAUAUUGGAGAUCCUUAUGCUAUUGCACAUUGAUUAAUUUUUUGAGCUAUUAGCGGAAACCAUUGAAAUUAGAGAAAAAUGAUAAUAGAGAUUAAUGACCUUAAAUAAAUUUUGUAUUGCUAUUUUCUAAAAAAUAUAUUUUAAACAAAUUGAA